GUUCCAUGCACCUGCAUCCAUCUCCCUUCGACACCGACACCACGGAGAUUCGCUUUCGAGCCUCUUGCUGUCCCGUUCAAAUUGCGAAAAGGUGCUCGACUUGCUCGCGGCAGUUUUCUCUUCACUUCCACUCAGCACCGCCGCUGCCGAUUGGCACUCACCAGGAGCACCGUGACCACAAGCCCACAGUGGCAGCCAUCCUUGAGGUAUUUGGCGCUCUCUGCUCCGCAAACAAAGCAUGUCUCUGCUCGGCCGUAGCCUGCUUUCGCAUGUGAACGCAGCAGCGGGAGCCUCCCGCUCCGUGCUGCCGAGGUCAUCAUGCACCUCUAGGGUACGCGUGCCUGUCGCUCGAAGCACAUCCAUGAGCGACUUGACCCGACAAUUCAGCACCUCUGUCAGUCUCGGCACGACGUAUCGUCAAGUGUUGCGCGGAGCGCGUAAACCCCGUCGUCCACCGGUCAAUAGAACUCCAGCAUUGCAGGGACAACCUUUCGUCAAGGGCGUUUGCACCAAAGUCUUUACCACAAAGCCAAAGAAGCCGAACUCUGCGCUGAGAAAGAUUGCGCGUGUAAAGCUGAGCAAUGGAAGAUCUACCACGGCUUACAUUCCGGGAGAGGGGCACAAUCUGCAGGAACAUAGCGUGGUGCUGCUGAGAGGUGGACGUGUGCAGGAUGUGCCAGGUGUCAGAUACCACCUGGUGCGUGGAUGGGGGGACAUGGCAGGCGUGGUGGGCAGGACGACGUCGCGGAGCAAGUAUGGUGUACCAAAACCAAAGGCUGCUGCGGCCUAGACGACGAAGAUCAGCACUCUGUAAUGACAAUAUGGCUUUCUUCGCUUGUACUGCGGUUCUAGCCUGCACAAUUUGGCCAUCGCAGUCAGAGGGUCAUUUUAUCACCAUUCAGAUCAGCAACGCUGCCGCUGCUGCAGGCGUCAUACAGAAAGGUGGCAUCAAGCAACAUAUAUGAGCGCUCUGACCGAUCGCCCCGACAAUGGAGAUCGAUGGACUCAUCGUCUCCAAUCUCACAUUCUAGAUGUUGCAACUGUCGCGUACAAGAC